AUGGCAUCAACAAAAACUAUAGAAAUACCAAGCAUACAAUUAGAAAUAGUUAACACAGAAAACUUAUUAACAAUCGAAUCUUUUUUCAAUGGCGUUUCUGAAAUUUUUCAAAAAAUAGUUCAGAUCAACGAAAAAGCACAAUAUAAUAAAAAUAUAUCGAAAUCUAUUUUAUGUCGUUUAUUAUCUACAGAAGCAGUUAUAAAAUCUUUAUUUGUUCAAAAAGAACAAUUUAGAAAAGAAAUAGCAAGUUUAAAAUGUCAAGAAUCGUUAAAUACACUUUUAAAUAUAUUAGAAAAAAUAAAAGAUUUUGCAAGUCAAGUGACGCAAUUAAGAGGGCUCGAAAAGUGGGUCGAUAAUGUUCAGGCUAUAGGAAAGAAUUAUAGAGAGUUAAUGAAGGAAUAUGAAAAUGGUUUGAAUAGUUUAAAGUUUCUAUUGAGAAAAAUUGAUGAUGAAUGUUUAAAAAAUGACAUUGAAGAAACGGGAAAGUUCUUGGAAAGGUAUUCUAAUUAUCAUAAAGGGCAAACUAAUAUUAUUUAUCUGGAAGUCGAAUGUAACAAAAACAAGUUUGAUUCCAAUAAUAGUAUAAUAGAUAUACCAACAAUUGAUUCAAAUUUAUUACAUGAAAGUUCUGACAAAGAGCGCCGUGGAAAAUUAAUGAAUAUCAUUAAAAUGGUUUACAAAGAUUCUAUCAAUGUGGCAUGUAAGCAAAUUACCAUUAAAACUGAAACGAAACUAUUACAUAAUGACUUAACAAUUCAAAGAAGACUAUUUGAUUGUCCAAAUAUUCUAAAAUUUUAUGGCCUCUCUGGGACAAAUGAUAUUAUGGUCCAUGAGUGGGCUGAAAAAGGGAAUUUGAAGGAAUUAUAUGAAAAAGAAAAAAUCCCGUGGUCAUUAAAAUCCCAAAUAGCUUUUGGAAUUUGUAAAGGAAUUACAUUUUUGAAUGCCGUUGGUAUUUUUCAUCGACAUCUUCGGUGUCAAAAUGUUAUGGGUAUGAGAGAAAGUUUUGAUGAUUUUGAUAGCUUCGAUGAUCCUGAUCCACAUGACAAAAUUAUCAAAGAUGGAUUUAAAGAUUUAAUUCAGAAAGCAUGGAAACAUUACCCAAGGGAAAGAAUUAGCAUAAAUAUAUUAUAUUUAAGACUUUUAGAAUUGUCAUCUAUUGAUGAAAAAUCAUCAUCUCUGAAACCUGCUGACUCUUGCAGCGAAAGUGAUUCAGCAAUACAUGAAGAUACACAAAAUAAUACUAAUAUAACUGAAAUUUUAACAGUUAAAGAAGGAAUCAUGCUUCAUAGAUCUAAGACACCCGAAAAUAGAGAAAUGGCAUGGAAAUGCUUUGAAAAUAAUGCUAAACUUAAGAGUCCACUUAGUAUCUAUUGGAAAGGGUACUAUUUAUGGGAGGGAUUGUAUCCAACCGGCACAGAAAGGUCAAAAGAACAAAAGGAUAAAGAUCAAUCAGAAGCUCGUGAAUUGUUUAAAAUUGCUGCUGAUGAAGGUAUAGCGGAUGCACAAUUCUGGUAUGCAUUUUCAAUCCCAAGAACAAGUGAAAAUAGAGAAAAAUUUUUAGAUAAUUUGAGUAAAUCGGCUGAGAAUGGAAAUGCUGCAGCGUUAUAUAGUUUAGGUGACGUUUAUUUACAUGGAAAAGCGCACGUAAAUAUAGAUAAGAAAAAGGGGUUAAGGUGCUUAAAGUUGUCAGCUUAUAAAGGUCAUCAUAAAGCCAAUGAAAUGCUUAAAAAGUUGGAUACGAACAU